AUGUCUGAAAAGUACCUUAACGAUGAGACACCCGAUGUCUUUACAGAGGUUCCUAAGACCUCAUCUGAUAACUCUGUCAGUUUAAUCGACUCUAACGAGUUUGCUCAGUUGACCGAUGCUGAUCAACAUUUGGCACAAAUGGGCUAUAAGCCAGUGCUCAAGAGAGAGUUUUCCAUGUUUUCAGCCUUUUCGUUUGCAGUGUCUAUUUCUGGUCUUUUCGCUACUGUCGCUACUACUUUUUCGUAUCCUUUGAUUGCAGGUGGUGCUGCUUCCGUCAUCUGGACAUGGGUCAUUUCUGGUAUUGGUUGUAUGUGCAUUUCCUUGUCAGUUGCUGAACUUGUAUCUGCCUAUCCUACUGCUGGAGGUAUGUACUUCACAUGUAGUUAUGUGGCUCCAAAGAAGUACAUGGCUCUUAUCAGUUGGAUGGACGGCUGGUUGAACUUUCUUGGUCAAAUCGCCGGUAUUGCUUCUUCCGAUUACGGUGCUGCUCAGCUUUUGUUGGCUGCUGUUUCCAUGGGAAGUGACUUUACUUAUGUCCCUACUACUCAACACACUGUAGCUGUCAUGGCAGGUAUUCUUCUGUUCCACGGUAUUAUCAACUCCAUGUCUACCAAGUUUUUGGAAAAAGUUACCAACGGCUAUGUCAUUCUCCACAUUGGUGUUUUGGUAUCUGGAUGUAUUGCCUUAUUGGUUAUGCAAGAUGACAAGCACGAUGCCAAGUACGUCUUUACCAAUGUCGAAUCCUCUUCUGGAUGGAAUCCUAUUGGAUUUUCGUUUUUGUUUGGUUUCUUGUCUGUUUCAUGGAGUAUGACCGAUUCCGAUGCUACUGCCCAUGUGUGUGAGGAAAUGACUGAACCCGAGAAGAAGGCUCCUUGGGCUAUUGCCUAUGCCAUGUCGUUCACUUACUUUGUCGGUAUCCUGUUAAACAUUGUUCUUGUUUUCUGUAUGGGAGACCCAGCUGAGAUUCUUGCUUCUCCUGUUGACCAGCCUGUUGCCCAGAUAUUCUACAAUGUUCUUGGCAAGAAGGGUGGUAUUUUCUACACCGUCAUGGCCUUUUUCAUCAUGAACUUUGUUGCCAUUACCGCCAUCCACGCCUGUUCUCGUACUGUAUGGGCCUUCUCUCGUGACCAGAUGUUGCCAUUCUCUCGCGUCUGGUACCGUAUCAACAAGUUCUCAGGAGUUCCUGUCAACUCAGUCUGGCUCACCGUCAUUUCCUGCAUCUUAAUCAAUCUUAUUGCAUUGGGUUCCUACACCACCAUCGCUGCUAUCUUCAACGUCUGUGCCAUUGCCAUUGACUGGAGUUACUGCAUCCCCAUUCUCUGUAAAAUCUUUGGCGGAAACUUCCAACCAGGACCCUGGAACCUUGGCCGUGCCAGUAUCUUUGUCAACUCAUGGGCCUGUCUGUGGACCCUGUUCGUGUCCAUCAUUUUCGUUCUCCCCACCGUUCGUCCCGUCACUGCUGACAGCAUGAACUACGCUGCCGUGUUCUUCGUCGGAAUCGGUGUCUUUGCUGCUGUCUACUGGUAUGUAGCCGGUAGAAAGUACUACACCGGACCCCGCAAAAACACCCAAGUCGUUGACGGUCUAAAACAAAAUCCCGGUGCCACCACCACCGAAAGACUGUUUACUGAGUAA